CGCAUUGACAGGCGGCAGUCCUCAGAAAGUAGGAAGUUUUCGCCGAAAGCUUCUGUAUGAGAAUUAAUCACAUUCAUGUCGACUCUGUUGGAUACUAACCCGCCGAUGCUAUGGUUACCUUUAUUACGAAUUGUUUGACAACAUGGGAGGGUUUGCAUGAACUGAACAUGAACUGCCAGGAUGUUCUGUCAGAGAGCACAAUUCAUGGUUCAACCAAUCAUGGGAAGUCAUCCACAUUCUAAAGCAGCAAAGCACCCCCAGACCAUCACGCUACCACCGCCAAGUUUAACUGCAGAUUUUGCAGGUGAAUCUAGUGAUGUCCAUCCUGCUGUAUGUGAUGGUCCUUGUGUACCUAUAUGGUAUCCAAGCAUCCAGCAUGAACAGCAGCCACCAUGGGCAGCAGUCGCCAAGUCCUGACCCAUUAAACUCCCUCAUAAUCCAGCUGCUUCAGGCUGACCUGACGAGAGAGAGGAUCCAGGGGAACCACAGCCAGCAGGGGAGAAGCAGGGACAGGGAGGAUGCCCUCCUCCCACUCCUGGGUCCAAUCUUACCAUUCACGGAGCAGGAGGAUGCAGAGCAGUGGGAGGCAGGGGGUCGCAGUGGUUGGAGCAGUGAAGUGGCUGUUGAGCAGCAAGUGAUGCUGGUGAACUCGGACCUCCUGAGAAAGCACAAGAGAUACAUUUCACCUCGGGUGGUGCUGAGUGACAGGCCACCACUGCAGCCACCUCCUCUGUACCUCCCGGAUGACUUUAUAAGUGGCGGGCUGGAAGAAGGAGCAACAGGAAACAAUACACGGAUGAAGCGUCAAGCCGAACACCGGAGUUACCGUGGAGAGUAUUCUGUCUGUGACAGCGAGAGCAAAUGGGUGAUGGACAAAACCAAUGCUGUGGACCUAAAGGGAGAAAAAGUAACUGUUAUGGCCAAAAUUAAAACCAUUGACAAGAAAGAGAUCAAACAGUUCUUUUAUGAGACGAAGUGUCGGGACCACAUGUCCCAAAGAAAUAGGUGCAGAGGAAUCGACGACAAGAACUGGAACUCAGAGUGCAAGACAGUGCAGACAUUCGUUCGAGCACUCACACAAGAUAAAAGCCAAGUUGGAUGGAGGUGGAUACGCAUAAACACUUCCUGUGUCUGUGCGUUGUCAAGGAAACGUCACAGGACGUAACCAAAACCAAGUGAGCUCCACUAGGAACUACCUGUGUGGAGUUCCACCUCCUUUCUGGGAUUUUAUUUCCACAGCAACCCGCACCACAGGAUUAGGUGUCGUGGGAGCGAAAAGCAACAUUCUGCUGCAAAUCAUAAAUCUGAAGCAAUCUUGGGUCCAUUUAAAUGCUAUUUCAAACCAAUGUGCUGCAAGCUGUAACGAAAGAUCUCAUUUGAGAGUGUAGGAGAGCGAGGGGAGGUCUUGGCAAAGUAAACCUGUAUAUAUAAAUUAUUUAAAUUAUAUGAAAUGCAUGUAGUGAAUACAUGGUUAUCUAUCUUUAUAUGAUGUAUGAAUAUAUUUGUGUUAUUUAUUGAAAGAAGUUUUCCUUAAAAUGAGAAGAAGAAAAAAGCAACUCAACUUAAAUCUGAAUUGAUGACUAUAAUGGAAAGCAAAGGUGCUUCACAGUGAGACUUUAUAAGUGCCUUCACUGAAGUGUGAGUAACAGGACAUGGCAACAACAGUUGCCGUAAAUGUGUUGGCAGCGAGUCAUUAAUAAAGUGACCCAUCAGCAGGGACUUAUCCUACCCCAUCGACCGACACGGAGUCCACACUCUAAGCUGCAACGAUGCAGGUGACUCAAUCAGAGUUUACCCGACACCCAAAAGGCAGAUAUGUAACAAAAAACAUAUUUUCAGUGUCUUCACAAUGAUGUCGACCAACAGGGAUUCAAGUGAAUGCACCCACUAUAUCAACUCUUAGUCAAGUUUUGCUUCUUGUGGUUUCAUUUGUUUCUUCCUUUGAAUAAAAAGCCCAUUUAUUCGAAAGUUGGAAAGUUUGUAUUAAAAAAAAUAUUCAUUUCAAAUUGUUACAGUGCCAAAGAUUAGAUAACAAAUUUUAGAGAAUAAUAAAAUGAUUUAGCAUUCACACCUUA